CUGAGCGGCGGCGGCGGCGGCCGCGGGAGCCGCGGGGAGCGCGGGGGCGGCCCGGAGCGCCCGGGGUCCCCCGCGCCCCGCUCGCUCGCCGCGCUCCGAAGAUGGUGGCGGCCCCGUGCGCUCGGAGGCUGGCCCGGCGCUCGCACUCGGCACUGCUCGCGGCGCUCACCGUGCUGCUGCUGCAGACGCUGGUCGUGUGGAAUUUCAGCAGCCUCGACUCCGGGGCCGGGGAACGCCGCGGGGGAGCAGCGGUCGGCGGCGCAGAGCAGCCGCCCCCGGCCCCGCGCCGCGAGCGCCGGGACCUGCCCGCCGAGCCGGCUGCAGCCCGAGGAGGAGGCGGCGGAGGCGGAGGCGGAGGAGGACGGGGGCCGCCGGCGCGGGCGCGAGGAGGCGGCGCCGGAGCACCCCGCGCGCAGCAGCCGGCCAGCCGAGGGGCACUGGCCGCGCGGGCGCUGGCCGCACAACCGAGCCCCGUGAUCACCCUGGAGGCCCAGGAUGGCUACUUCUCUCACCGGCCAAAAGAGAAAGUGCGAACAGACAGCAACAAUGAGAACUCUGUACCUAAGGAUUUUGAGAACGUGGACAACAGCAACUUCGCACCCAGGACUCAAAAGCAGAAGCAGCAGCCCGAGUUGACGAAGAAGCCCCCGAGAGGACAGAAGGAGCUUCUGAAGAGGAAGCUGGAGCAGGAGGAGAAGGGGAAGGGGCGUCUGUCCCCAGGGAAAGGUACCAACGAGGUGCUGCCUCCUGGUGAGAGAGCCCCGGUAAACGGCAGCCGAGGGAAGGAUGCCCCAAGACAGCCCCACGCCCGGAAGAGUGGGGGCAGCUCCCCCGAGAUCAAGUCUGACCGGCCCCUCAAGUGUGACAUCUCGGGUAAGGAGGCCAUCUCCGCCCUGUCCCGCUCCAAGUCCAAGCACUGCCGCCAGGAGAUCGGGGAGACCUACUGCCGCCACAAGCUUGGGCUGCUGAUGCCCGAGAAGGUCACUCGGUUCUGCCCCCUCGAAGGCAAAGCCAACAAGAACGUUCAAUGGGAUGAGGAUUCGGUGGACUAUAUGCUGGCCAACCGGGUCAGAAUCGCCUUUGUCCUGGUGGUCCACGGCCGCGCCUCUCGGCAGCUGCAGCGCAUGUUCAAGGCCAUCUACCACAAAGACCACUUCUACUACAUCCACGUGGACAAGCGCUCUAAUUACCUGCAUCGCCAAGUGCUCCAGUUCGCCAGGCAGUACAGCAACAUCCGCGUCACCCCCUGGAGGAUGGCCACCAUCUGGGGGGGAGCCAGCCUGCUGUCCACGUACCUGCGGAGCAUGCGGGACCUCCUGGAGAUGACCGACUGGCCCUGGGACUUCUUCAUCAACCUCAGCGCGGCUGACUACCCCAUCAGGACAAAUGACCAGCUGGUGGCAUUUCUCUCCCGAUACCGAGAUAUGAAUUUCUUGAAGUCACACGGCCGGGACAAUGCAAGGUUCAUCCGGAAACAGGGCCUGGACCGGCUCUUUCUGGAGUGUGAUGCCCACAUGUGGCGCCUGGGGGACCGGCGGAUCCCAGAGGGCAUUGCCGUGGAUGGCGGCUCAGAUUGGUUCCUGCUAAACCGGAAGUUUGUUGAGUAUGUGACGUUCUCCACAGACGAUCUGGUGACAAAAAUGAAGCAAUUCUACUCCUACACCCUGCUUCCUGCAGAGUCCUUCUUCCACACGGUCCUGGAGAACAGUCCCCACUGCGACACCAUGGUGGACAACAACCUGCGGGUCACCAACUGGAACCGCAAGCUGGGCUGCAAGUGCCAGUACAAGCACAUCGUGGACUGGUGCGGCUGCUCCCCCAACGACUUCAAGCCACAGGACUUUCACCGCUUCCAGCAGACAGCCCGGCCCACCUUCUUUGCCCGCAAGUUCGAAGCCGUGGUGAAUCAGGAAAUCAUUGGACAGUUGGACUAUUACCUGUAUGGGAACUACCCCGCGGGCACCCCGGGCCUCCGCUCCUACUGGGAGAAUGUCUACGAUGAGCCUGACGGCAUCCACAGCCUGAGCGACGUGACGCUGACCUUGUAUCAUUCCUUCUCCCGCCUGGGCCUCCGCCGGGCAGAGCUGUUGCUGCACGACGCCGGGGAGAACAGCUGCAGGUACUAUCCAAUGGGCCACCCAGCCUCUGUCCACCUCUACUUCCUUGCUGACCGUUUCCAGGGCUUUCUGAUCAAGCAUCAUGCUACCAAUCUGGCCGUGAGCAAACUCGAGACCCUUGAGACAUGGGUGAUGCCAAAGAAAGUCUUCAAGAUCGCCAGCCCACCCAGCGACUUUGGGAGGCUUCAGUUUUCUGAGGUCGGCACUGACUGGGAUGCCAAGGAACGGCUCUUUCGCAACUUUGGGGGUCUCCUGGGGCCCAUGGACGAGCCAGUAGGCAUGCAGAAAUGGGGGAAGGGCCCCAACGUGACUGUGACUGUCGUCUGGGUGGAUCCCGUCAACAUCAUCGCAGCCACCUAUGACAUCCUGAUUGAGUCCACUGCCGAAUUCACCCACUACAAGCCCCCUUUGAACUUGCCCCUGAGGCCUGGGGUCUGGACAGUGAAAAUUCUCCACCACUGGGUGCCAGUCGCAGAAACCAAAUUCCUCGUCGCACCUCUGACCUUCUCAAACAGGCAGCCCAUCAAACUGGAGGAGGCGUUGAGGCUGCACAACGGGCCCCUCCGCAGCGCCUACAUGGAGCAGAGCUUCCAGAGCCUGAACCCCGUCCUCAGCCUGCCCAUCAACCCCGCCCAGGUAGAGCAGGCUCGGAGGAAUGCCGCGUCCGCCGGCGCCGCACUGGAGCGCUGGCUGGACUCGCUGGUGGGUGGGAUGUGGACCGCCAUGGACAUCUGUGCCACAGGCCCCACCGUCUGCCCAGUCAUGCAGACCUGCAGCCAGACGGCCUGGAGCUCCUUCAGCCCUGACCCCAAGUCAGAGCUGGGCGCAGUCAAACCCGACGGCCGGCUCAGGUAGCACUGGGCACGUGGGGGCCCCAGCGGAUCUCAAAGGGGAAGCAGCCAGAGGGCCAGUGGGAGCUGGCCCCUGGCCCCCCACCCCCGGGGGGGUGCCUUUUUGGAGAGGGGCUCUCCUGGCCAUCGAAUAACGGAGAGGGAAGGUUUGGAGGCCGAAGCAGGUUCUGCCAGCCACCUGCACCCAGCUGGCCGUCUCCCGGGGGUGGGGAUGGCUCAGUCCCAG